AUGCAAUACAGUUUGUCUUCCAGUCUUUUGGUCUUUUCGCUGGUUGGAUCGGUCUUGAGUACACCACUCUUGCCUCGAUACUCCAAUUCGACGAGAUCCGGAGUUAUUUGCAAUGGCACUUUCAGUCCCAUUUCAGCUCAGACUUGGGUGGAUGGAAUGAACCCAGGCUGGAACCUCGGAAACACCUUGGAUGCCGCUCCUGACGAAGGAAGCUGGAACAAUCCCCCAGUUGUAGCCUCUACUGUUGACGAUGUAAAGAAAGCCGGGUUCAGGGGCAUUCGACUGCCAGGUGAGAUAGCCGCGUGA